AUGUGAAUGAUAGGCUCGAAGAAGCAGCAAGAAGAGAAGAAUCUUAUCCACAAACUACCAAGAAGGAGAAGAUCGAAGUCUCACCUUUGAGAAACACCACAACAAACACUACACAACAUACAAAAGCAGUAACCAGAGGAAAAAUGGCUAGUGUUUUUUCUGCAUGUUCAGGUUCUGCUCUUCUCUUUCACACCAAAUGCUUCUUCCCCUCUGCAGCCAAAGGGCCACCCCUUCACCUCAAUAGGCCCCAUCUCUCUGCUGCCAACUGUGUGGCUUCUUUAGGGACCGAGAUAUCAGUGCCUCCAGCAGUUGACACUUUCUGGCAGUGGCUCAAGGAAGAAGGUGUUGUCUCUGCCAAGACCCCAGUGAAGCCUGGAGUGGUGCCAGAAGGCCUAGGACUGGUUGCACUCAAAGAUAUUUCUAGGAAUGAGGUUGUUUUGCAGGUCCCCAAGAGGCUCUGGAUUAACCCUGAUGCUGUGGCAGCUUCAGAGAUUGGGAAAGUGUGUAGUGGAUUGAAGCCUUGGUUGGCUGUUGCACUGUUUUUGAUAAGAGAGAGGUCAAGGGCUGAUUCUAUUUGGAAGCACUACUUUGCUGUUCUGCCAAAGGAAACUGACUCUACUAUAUAUUGGUCAGAGGAGGAGCUCACAGAGUUGCAAGGGACUCAACUUCUAAACACAACACUGAGUGUGAAAGAGUAUGUGCAGAAUGAAUUUAGGAGAUUGGAAGAAGAAAUUAUACUCCCUAACAAAAACCUUUUCCCUUCCCCUAUUACACUUGAUGACUUCUUCUGGGCGUUUGGAAUUCUAAGAUCAAGGGCUUUUUCUCGACUUCGCAAUGAAAAUCUAGUUGUGAUUCCCCUAGCUGACUUGAUAAACCAUAGUGCCAGAGUAACUACAGAAGAUCAUGCUUAUGAAAUUAAAGGAGCAGCAGGCCUAUUCUCCUGGGAUUACCUAUUUUCCCUUAGGAGCCCCCUUUCUCUCAAGGCUGGAGAUCAGGUAUAUAUCCAAUAUGAUUUAAACAAAAGCAACGCUGAGUUGGCUUUGGACUACGGUUUCAUUGAACCAAAUGCAGAUCGGAAUGCAUAUACAUUGACACUGCAGAUAUCUGAGUCAGACCCCUUUUAUGAUGACAAACUAGACAUUGCUGAGUCUAGUGGUUUUGGUGAGAAAGCAUACUUUGACAUCUUCCACAACCAGCCCCUUCCACCAGGGUUGCUUCCAUAUCUGAGACUAGUAGCUGUUGGGGGCACUGAUGCAUUCCUAUUGGAGUCACUGUUUAGAAACUCCAUCUGGGGCCAUCUUGAAGUGCCUGUGAGCCGUGACAAUGAAGAGCUAAUAUGUAGAGUGGUUAGAGAGACCUGCAAAACUGCACUCGCUGGUUAUCAUACAACCAUUGAAGAGGAUCAAAAGUUGAAAGAAACAAAGCUAGAUUCAAGACUUGCUAUAGCAGUUGGAAUCAGAGAAGGGGAGAAGAAGCUCCUGCAGCAAAUUGAUGAGAUUUUCAAGGAGAAAGAAUUGGAAUUGGACCAGUUAGAAUAUUAUCAAGAAAGGAGGCUCAAGGACCUCGGACUUUGCGGGGAAAAUGGUGAUAUCCUUGGUGACCUUGGAAAAUUCUUCUAGGAAGCAGAAGCAAUUGCACCCGUUAAGGACACGCUUUUGUCUUCAUUUUCAAAGGACGAGAAAACAUUACAUCUUGGUAACUCACAAAAGGAGGCUUCCAAGACAAAUCCAUGUUCAAUUGAUCUUUGAAGAGUAUCAGAAUCAAGUUUUUGACUCCCCCUUUAUAACAACCUAUUACUUUAUUGUUUGUAAAAGAGGAAGAUGUAAUGAACUUUAGAAUGCCUGAUCCGAAUUUAAGGUUGUGACAUGAAACUAUUGUUAUAUAUAACUACACUGUACUCAAAUUUGGAAAAAUAAAUAAAUAAAUAAAUAGAUUGAGAGUGAAAUUGAAGAUAAAUCA